GCUCCCAUUACCUUGUUAUACUAUGCUCUAGUACCAGGAAAACAAUAUUUACUCACACAAAAGCGUCCAUCUGUUUUUGUGAACAAAUUAUCGCCAUCGAUCCUCAGUCCAAAUAUCGACAAUGGGACCUACCGCGGAAGCAAAGAUAUUCCAGGACCCUAGAAUUGUGGCCGCAAUCCUUGAGCAACUCUCCCCAGGUCCCCUACCUAACAGCUUCCCACAUGGACAAUCUACAGCCCCAAAUGAAGGACGAAGAGAAUGUCAGAGAACCCUCGCCACACUUGCGAUGGUCUCUCGCUCGAUUUCAAGCCAAGCGCUCGACGCGUUGUGGCGAUAUGUCGACGACUUCCGAUACGUGCUAUUCGUUCUUAAUGCCUACGACAGGGAGACAAGUAUGUUCGGAGACGUCAUAACGGACGUAGAAUGGGCAAAGUUCCAAGGAUACGCGAUCCGAGUGCGCGAACUGCACCUUGGAGAGAUCCAACGUGUUCAUGCGAUAGUAUGGAUCACCUUGACACGUCUGUGCCCUCACGACCCGCUCCUGCCUCAUCUAGAGCGACUAACAGGGCUCACCAUCGAUUCAUCUGCUUUAUGCUACACGACGCUAUUUUCGCCAACGAUCAAACAUCUCGAGCUGAAAGUCGACAAAGCGGCGGAGGCGUCGGCCAUUCGUAUGGUCGCCCAAGCAUCUCGGCCUAUGUUGAGUUCACUUCGAACUCUCUUCCUCGACGAUCAGGCCGUGUCCAAUUCGCGUAGCAACCUGCCAGAGUCGAUCCCGUUCUGGACUCUGACACACCUGCAAUCCCUCCACGUCGUACACCAGACCACAGUAACCGCCACCAUCAUCAAAUCGCUCGUAACGAUCCCGAAUCUCCAGGUCCUCAAAUUGUCGGUAAAGCAGGUUCCGUACGUGGUCACAUCCGAUCGGACAGCGGGCUUUUUGCGCUUGCGCGACCUCUCGCUCUCUGGAUCCCUCGACGAUGUCACCAACUUCCUUACCGCCACAACUCCUCCCAGCUUAGAGGCCCUGACGGUGGACGUCCCGAACGUCGGCCAAGGGGAGAGCCAUACUGCAAGGGCCAGAGGAAGCCUUAACGACCUUUACGCCACCCUCCCGCCCUCUCUCCGCCGCCUCCGCAUGAAGCUCACAGUGCCGCCGAACACUGAGGUGUACCACUUCCCCGAGCGCGGCGAGUUGCUCGCGCCGCUGCGCGCAUUUCCAGGCUUGCGCAGCCUCAAGUUUGCGUUCGAUAAUGCGGGCUUCCACCUCUCCGACGCGCACCUACGCGCACUCGAGGACGCAUGGCCGGAGCUUGUCAAGUUUGAGGUUCGGAGCUGCGAACGCAGCAAUACGAUAUGGUACGGGCGGGUCGGCCACGGUGCUGGCCCGAAGGAGGUUCCGCACACCCACCCGACGGUGAAGACGCUCGCUGCGUUCGCCGAGCGGCAUCCGCGCCUCGAGCGGCUCGUCGUGCCCUCCAUCGACCUCGAUGCGCUCCCCGACAUCGCCAGCGUGCCUUUCCUCGGGCACGCUUUGCGCCACUUCGGUGUGUCCAGACUGGACGUCGGGGUGCCGCUGCUCGACUACGCGCAUGCGCUCAGCAGGCUCUUCCCCAGCCUGGGCGUUGCGGACGCACGACACGCAGUGGUGCCGAGGGGGCCGCACGUAAACCUGGAAGAACGCGAGGGCGAGCUGCGUCUGCUGCUCGCGGCGAUGCAGGCCGGGAGGGAGCUUGCGCACGGGCCCGGGGCGGACGCUGCUGGGGUGGCCGGGGUGUCGGUGUCGGAUAUUCGGCUGAUUCCACAGGGCAGACAUCCUGCCCCCGAGGAAGACGUUAUUCCACCGCGGGGAAGGUCUCGUCGCGACUAUUCAUUCUCCCCUCCAAGAAUCUCGAGGUCACCCACUCACUCUGACUUCUACCGCCGUUGACGAUCACCACUGCUACAGUCUGAGUGACCAAUAUUUCCCUCUUCCUCUAGUAGCUGUGUAAAACGAAAGCCCUGAUAUGUGUAAUAUCGACGGCAUCCGCUUUGAUUUGCACUCACAUAUCUCAGGCUUGUACAAUGUCUCGCUACA